GAAGCAGCACCUUUCACAGUUGGUGACAAUAGAACUUAUCAAGGCUUUUGGAACCCACCUUUGGUGCCUCGGAAAGGGUAUAAUAUCUAUUUUCAAGCCAUGAGCAGUGUUGAAAAGGAGACCAAAACUCAGUGUGUUCGAAUAGCUACUAAAGCUGCAACAGAAGAACCAGAAGUUAUUCCAGACCCAGCCAAGCAGACUGACCGCGUAGUGAAAAUAGCAGGAAUAAGUGCUGGAAUCCUUGUCUUCAUUCUCAUCCUCCUCCUUGUCAUAUUAAUUGUCAAAAAAAGUAAACUGGCUAAGAAGCGCAAGGAUGCCAUGGGAAACACCAGACAAGAAAUGACCCAUAUGGUGAAUGCCAUGGAUCGGAGUUAUGCUGAUCAAAGCACCAUCCAUGCAGAGGAUCCUCUUUCAGUCACCUUUACGGAUUGUCAUAACUUCAACCCCAGAUAUGAAAACCACAGUGCAACAGCAGAGUCAAGUCGUCUAUUAGAUGUGCCUCGUUAUCUCUGCGAAGGAACAGAAUCCCCCUACCAAACUGGCCAACUGCAUCCUGCUAUCAGAGUAGCGGAUUUGCUGCAGCAUAUUAAUCUCAUGAAAACAUCUGACAGCUAUGGUUUCAAAGAAGAAUACGAGAGUUUCUUUGAAGGACAAUCAGCUUCUUGGGAUGUGGCCAAAAAGGAUCAAAACAGAACGAAGAAUAGAUAUGGGAACAUUAUAGCAUAUGAUCACUCCAGGGUGAUAUUACAAGCUGUGGAAGAUGAUCCCUCUUCAGACUACAUUAAUGCUAAUUAUAUUGAUGGAUACCAGAGACCAAGCCACUACAUUGCAACCCAGGGGCCGGUGCAUGAGACAGUCUAUGAUUUCUGGAGAAUGAUAUGGCAAGAACAAUCAGCCUGCAUUGUUAUGGUUACAAAUUUAGUUGAAGUGGGUCGGGUUAAGUGCUACAAGUAUUGGCCUGAUGACACGGAAGUUUAUGGGGACUUCAAAGUUGCUUGUGUGGAAGUGGAACCACUUGCAGAAUAUGUUGUCAGGACAUUCACCCUUGAAAGGAGAGGAUACAAUGAAAUCCGUGAAGUUAAACAGUUCCAUUUUACUGGCUGGCCUGAUCAUGGAGUACCUUACAAUGCAACAGGCCUACUUUCAUUUAUACGCCGUGUAAAACAAUCUAACCCCCCAAGUGCUGGGCCUAUUGUUGUGCAUUGCAGUGCUGGAGCUGGGCGAACUGGAUGCUAUAUUGUAAUUGACAUCAUGUUAGACAUGGCAGAAAGAGAAGGUGUUGUAGACAUCUACAACUGUGUCAAAGCCUUACGUUCACGCCGCAUCAAUAUGGUACAGACAGAGGAACAGUAUAUCUUUAUUCAUGAUGCCAUCCUGGAAGCCUGCUUAUGCGGAGAAACUGCCAUCCCAGUUUGUGAAUUUAAAGCUGCAUAUUUUGACAUGAUUCGAAUAGACUCUCAGACAAACUCUUCACAUCUUAAAGAUGAAUUCCAGACCCUGAAUUCUGUGACUCCUCGGCUACAAGCCGAAGACUGCAGCAUAGCAUGCUUGCCAAGAAAUCAUGACAAAAACCGCUUUAUGGAUAUGCUGCCACCUGACAGAUGUCUGCCUUUCUUAAUUACUAUUGACGGUGAGAGCAGCAAUUACAUCAAUGCUGCCCUUAUGGAUAGCUACAGACAACCUGCUGCAUUCAUUGUCACGCAGCAUCCUCUGCCGAACACUGUGAAAGAUUUCUGGAGAUUAGUCUACGAUUAUGGCUGUACCUCUCUCGUGAUGUUAAAUGAAGUUGAUUUAGCACAAGGUUGCCCACAAUAUUGGCCAGAAGAAGGAAUGCUGAGAUAUGGUCCUAUACAGGUUGAGUGCAUGUCCUGCUCCAUGGAGUGUGACGUAAUCAACAGAAUUUUCAGGAUAUGCAAUUUAACAAGGCCUCAGGAAGGUUACCUGAUGGUCCAGCAAUUCCAGUAUCUGAGUUGGGCACCUCAUAGGGAUGUGCCAGGUUCCAAGAGGUCAUUCUUAAACUUAAUUCUUCAAGUGGAAAAGUGGCAAGAAGAAUGUGAAGAAGGGGAAGGGAGAACCAUAAUUCAUUGUCUGAACGGCGGUGGACGAAGCGGGAUGUUUUGUGCCAUAGGCAUUGUAGUGGAAAUGGUUAAAAGGCAAAACGUCAUUGAUGUUUUCCACGCAGUAAAAACUUUACGGAACAGUAAGCCUAACAUGGUAGAAACACCGGAACAAUAUCGUUUCUGCUAUGAUGUCGCACUGGAGUACCUUGAAUCAUCUUAAUACGAAAGGAUAAAUACAAUCAAGUGAACCAAAUAAUAUGAAAUUUAAUAAACUGUGUUUUGGCAUCCUCUAUUGAACCUAUGAAGAAAUGUUUUAGUGAAGGGGAAACUUAAUUUUUAAAUGCAAAAGUAUUUUUCUUAAUAAAUGGUGUAUAUGGACUGUUGUUCUGUCCCUGUACACAAUCUGAAUAUAGUGCCACAAAAAUGAAUUAAGAGUCAAGGCAGAGCACAUCUGCUAUUCAAAGUAAAACUUUCCAGUGUUUGCAUAUUCUGCAGUCUCUCGGCUACAUUAGUCCUGUCAUCUGUUGCAUGUAUCUAUUCUAGUGAAUGUUUUAUUUCAGACUUGUUCUUAAUUUCAUACUGUUAAAAGUUUUUAAAAAUACUGUAUACAGAUAGAUAAUCUGUAGGUUUUAUGUGCUGCAAGACUAUAUAUAGAGAGAGAGAGAUACAGCCACACAUACCGCAAACAUUUAAAAAAUGGCAUAUUUUGUUUUACUGUGCAAUGACAGCCUGAUAAAAGUUCUUUAUAAAGAAAUUCAAAACAUAAACCAAAGACUCAAGUGUAAAUAUGUUUAUAUAGGAAAGAAAGCACAUUGUAUUUAUUGUUUACUGACAUUCCUUUUAUGAUGGUUGGACAGAACCAUUUUUUCUUAGAAACAUUGUUGCUGAAAUCAAGUGUAAAUGAUUUUUGUAGAUUAUUUUUUGUAUGUAUUGUGUAAGUAGAAGGAGAGAGAAUGAAAAGAUCUUUUAUGGAUAAACCAGAAAACAUUGAUAUACUUUUUUGGUUGGUGUGUGUACACGCUUAUGAAUGAAAUUCAUGUAAGCAAGAAAAAGAAACCAAACGUAAAACUUCUUUCCCAGACUAUAUAGGUUUUUUUUUUCAGUUUAUAGUAAUAAGAAAUCAAAUAGAAACUGCACAUAUAUAUAUAUAUAUAUAUCUUUGAGAGUUUCGUUAAUUUUUUUAAGGAGUAAGUGGGUUAAUAAUGAAUGCUUGACACACAGAGCAAGUACAAAAAUAAAUAAAAAUGCAAAUUAAUAACAUUUAUUUUAAUGUUUACAGUUGAGGCACAAGUUCUAGGCCACUACACCAUGCAUUGUUCCUUUCUGUAAUACUGGAGGAAUCUUCUGAUCCUCAGUUGUGACUUCCCGGCUGAGCGAAGAAAUCAGCUUUGGUCAAAGGCUUCAAAGAAGCUCCAGUUUUUCUCCCAGUGGUAGUCUAGAUUUGUGGAAAUGGUAGCUUUGUGUUCUGACAAAGCCAAAAUGGAUUGAAUCAAUUCAAGAGUUAGGUGAUAGCUUUGGUAUGUUUUUUACUUUGCUCUUCAUAUGCACAUUCAUAAGCCUGGACAUAUUUUCAUAAUGAAAAAACAUUUACUGUGUCCUGUUGAUUUUUUUUAUCAAGAGUAAAUGAUAAAGUGCUGAUAAAUAUUCAUGUAAAAUAAGAGUGAAUUAAAGAGGUUUUAUAAAAUAUUGAGUUCAUAUGUCCUAUUUUGAUUACACUUAUUCCUUUAUUAAAAGAAACACACAUAUC